GCCUGGCUCUUUGUCUGCCAUUGGUUCAUAGCAAGAUGACGUCACCCAAGUUGACUGCGGAAAAAGACUCGCAAUUGCGAGAGACUUUGACUACCACUAAAACUGCAGCCAGAGCGUCCACCAAACGAAAGUCCAACGCCUUGUGCGAAGACGUAGUAAAGGAUCCCACGCAAUCUGAGUCUAACUCUUUCAAGGGUGAAGCGAAAAAACGGCCCUACAGAGACGUGCCUCCACAUUUGCUUAAAUUAAGCAAAAAUAAAUACCCCCUAUCGCACCUAGGAUUGUUCGAGCUAGGGAAAGCGGCGCUCAAAAUAAUGGGAGAUCUUUGGAAUGAAGCAUAUGAUUUAAAAAACGUCGGUCGUAGCAAAUUCUCUGUUAAAUUUAAUAGCAGAGACGCUGCUAAUUCCAUAGUAGGAAGAUUUAUGGAAAUGAGAGAUCUUCUGUUCUCGCAUUCAGACUGGAUAGCAUAUAUCCCUAACUACAAAAUACAACGUAUCUGCAUCUCCUGGGAUAUUAACAAUAUUGACUGUGACAAGGAAAUCCAAGAGAACCUCUCUCCUCCGCCUGGCUGGCUGGACCCAUGGCCGAAAGUUGUGGCUGUUAAAGGUAUCUCCAAGCCUGAUAAUACAUCUGAUCGUACAAAUACUGAUGCUCCACGCAGAAGGAAAGUAUUGGCUUAUAUAAUCACCUUCGAAGGAUCUAUUCUCUAUAAGAAAUUCCUUCUCUCGAAGGAAUAUCUCUAUAAGGCUCUACCCUGAUAGAGCCUCCCUAUACGGGAAAAUUAUCAAUCUAAAGCCUUAUAUUCAAAAGGUUAUAAGAUGUCACUUAUGUCAAAGAUUCGGACAUGUUGAAGAACAGUGUCGCAGCACUAAAUCUUCGAGAAUUUGUGCCAAGUGCGCUGCAGUUGGACACUGUGAGGCAGGGUGUUCCUCCCUGCUCUUCAAAUGCAUAAACUGUACUAGGAAAAGGUUAGAAGAUUCGGCUCAUUCAGCCAAUAGUCAUACUUGUCCAGUUUUCCAUUCCGGAAGCUAUACCUAGACAUUGUCCAGUUUUCGUUGAAAACAGAAAGAUUAAACAACUUAUGACCAUUCUCGGGAUUAGCAACAGGGAUGCUAGAGAGUUUUACAGGAGGUAUGUGGAUGUGAUUCCUUCCUCCUGGUUCAAAAAUUCCCUUUGCCUUCAAAAAUCCAACCGCAAUCGAGAAUGCUUUAACUCUUUUGUAGCUAAGCAUGUUCCUUCAAUGAUCUCAUCCUACAGUGAUAUGUUAUCGGAUAAAUGCAACACAACCUAUUCCAAUGACUUUAUGGAUAAAAAUAACUUUACUACUAUUUUACAAUCAUUUAAAUAUCCAAAUAAAAAUAACAAUAACAACAAAAAGUUUUCCUUCUUACAAAAAUAACAUCAAUCCUUUAAUUUCCACAAAAAAGAAAGUAAAAUCCUCCCCAAUCAUCAUAACACCUCCUCCCCUAGACCCACGCCCCUCUUAGAUUUACCCUAUUCUUCUCCCGAGGAUACUCUGGUUUCGUUCGAACCAGGAGAACCCCCGCAUACUUCCCCCUUGGUUUUGAAUAUCCCAACUACUUCCAAAUAUAAAAAAGGAAUUACAUACUCUACAAACGAUGCUAAAUAUCUACAUUUACAAAAUAAUAUAAUCACUCUUACCAACUCGUUUAAUUCAUUGAUAAAUAAUAUGAUCAAUUCUAACGAUAAUAUUAAUUCAAACUCUCUCUUAUUAUCUAUCUCUUCUCAAUUGCAAGACAUUAAAUCCUCUCUGUGUGUUAUUUAAGAAUAAAAUUAAUAAUAAUUCUAUAGACCUCAAAAUGGGCAAAUCUAGUAAGGUUAAUAUUAUCCAAUGGAAUUGUCGCUCAUAUAAAAGAGAGAGUUUGAAUUAAUCAACUAUAUCUCUCAACUGAACCCCUUUCCGCAUUUUAUAUGUCUCAGUGAGACUUGGAUGGAUGAAAACUCUAUUUUUAAUUUAAAAGGAUAUAAAAUAAUUAACUGUAAUAGAUCACGCUCUU